GGGAGAGAGAGGACAGAGAGAGACAGAGAGAGAGAGACAGAGACAGAGACAGAGAGAGAGAGAGAGAGAGAGAGAGAGAGAGAGAGAGAGAGAGAGAGAGACAUAGAGAGAGAGAAACAGAGAGAGAGAGAGAGAGAGAGAGAGAGAGAAACAGAGAGAGAGAGAGAGCUGGGUCUGUACUACACUGGCUUUCCUUCAACCACUCUGUCACUCUCUGAUCUGACACCACACAUCUAGAGAGGGACACAUAGAGGCACAGAGAGAGAGAGAUCGAAAGACAGAGAGAUAGAGAGAGAGAGAUAGAGAGAGACAGACAGAGUUGCAGUGCUGAGAACUGAGAGGAACUGAGACAACUCAACCCCCUCUGCUCGUCCUUCCUUCCAGCCAAUGGAAUACUACUUAGACUGGAUCUACAUGGGGUUGAUGUCUGCGUUUGUUGGAGGGGCCAUGAAGAAGGUCCUGGCGUCCCACGUCAGCGCGGCCCCGACCGUGGUGGCCUGGCUGGGGGUCACCUUACUAGUGGAGAGGCUGUGGUUCUUCUGUGUGCCUGCUGUCCUGGUGCUGGCUGCCCUCUGCCUCGCCUGUUGCCUAUACUCUGUCAGGACAGCCCCAGCACCCACUCUGCCUGUCCAGGGCAAGGCUGUCUUCAUCACAGGCUGUGACACAGGCUUCGGGAAGGCUGCAGCGCGGCGUCUGGACGCCCAGGGGUUUGAGGUGUUUGCUACGGUGUUGGAUCUGUGUGGGGAGGGAGCCAGGGAGCUUCAGAAGACCUGCUCCCCUCGUCUCACCCUGCUACAGGUGGACAUCACCCAGCCACAGCAGGUCCAACAGGCUCUUCUAGACACCAAGGCUAAACUGGGCCUCAGAGGUCUGUGGGGCUUGGUGAAUAAUGCAGGAGUAUGUGUUAACUUUGGGGAUGCAGAGUUGUCUCUGAUGUCUAACUACCGUGGCUGUAUGGAGGUGAACUUCUUUGGGACUCUGAACGUCACCAAGACAUUCCUGCCUCUGCUGCGCCAGGCCAAGGGACGCAUCGUCACAAUCUCCAGCCCUGCAGGAGAGCAGCCAUUCCCCUGUCUAGCAGCGUACGGAGCCUCCAAGGCAGCUCUCAACCUGUUCAUCAACACACUGCGCCACGAAAUGGAACCCUGGGGGGUCAAAGUGUCCACCAUACUGCCAUCCUCAUACAAGACAGGUCAGUCCGGUAACCAGGAUUACUGGGAGAGUCAGUACAAGAGCCUGAUCCACAACCUGUCCGCAGGCCUCCUGGAGGAGUACGGGGAAGACUACACACACGAGACCAAGGAGCUCUUCCAACAUUUCGCCCAGUCGGCUAACGAGGACCUGUCACCAGUCAUCAACACCAUCAGCGAGGCGCUGCUCUCCCCCCGGCCCCUGGUCCGAUACUACGCUGGGCCCGGCGUGGGCCUCAUGUACUUCGUUUAUAGUUAUUUCCCUCUGAGUCUCUCAGACAAGUUCCUCCAGAGACUAUUUGUCCAGAAGAAGAUCAUCCCACGAGCGCUGAGGAAAGAGAACAACAACAACAACAACAACAACAACAACAACAACAACAACAACGUGGAGAAGAUAAAGAAGUAAAACAAUGAGAUGUGUGUUUGUUUUUAAGGUAAAAAGUGGAAGCUGUAGGACCCACUUACGUCAGGUAAAACACUCUCCUCGUGUUGUUGGCUAUUUUUGUUUGAAUAUUGUGGUUUUUGCGUUGGUGUUCACAUUGAAGGGCUCAUUAUAUUGGUGUUCAUAUUGAAGGGCUCAUUGUAUUGGUGUUCAUAUUGAUCAUUAUAUUGGGGUUCAUAUUGAAGGGCUCAUUAUAUUGGUGUUCACAUUGAAGGGCUCAUUAUAUUGGUGUUCACAUUGAAGGGCUCAUUGUAUUGGUGUUCACAUUGAAGGGCUCAUUAUAUUGGUGUUCAUAUUGACGGGCUCAUUAUAUUGGUGUUCACAUUGAAGGGCUCAU